ACAGAAGUCGGUUUCGCGAGAAGCAAAAUAUUUGUUUAGAGGUUGAGAAGAGAUCUGUAAGAACUUUCAUGACAGAAACACAGCUGUAAAACGUAUUUGUACUUUAAAAAAACAACUGAAUUGCUUAGUUAGUCAGGAACGUUUUGAACGUUGAGGCUUAACAAAGACACACGUAACUUACCUACUGAAAGUAAUAGUAAAAAGAAAAAGGGGUGUAACGGCCAGUUAUAGACUGCCAUACCCGGGUCAAGCUGCCUGUCAGACAGCUCAACCAGGCUAUGUACCGUAAAAAGCCUGUGGUCAAGAAAAAAACAGAAAAGAUUGUGAAGAGGUAGACUAACAGGGCAGAUUCGUGUUGUUGACCACGAGGGAAGAAAGAAAUCAACAGAGAACCCCCAUUCUUUGUUUCCUGACAGCUGUCUGGCAGCUGUGACGAUGAUGUGAAGGAGGAAAGCAAGCAGGUUAUGCUUUUUGAAGAAGAGGGGAUAAUGUGCGGCAAAGGCAUGAUGUGCCAGUGGGAGGCGGUCAGCGAGAGACCCGACAUCAGCCAAGAAGGUUCGAAACUCCGUGAUCCCUCAAGGAGAGGAGGCAGGGGUGGUAAGCACCGAUGGCACAAGCGUGGGAGGAAGGUGGGCAGGGCACCGGGGCAGCAGCAGAGUCCUUACAACAAGCACGAUCGCCCAAGUUUACGACCUUUUGGGGGAGCGACUCUGCGCCCUGUCAACGCGCAAGGGAACCGUGCGCCAGGUAUGAGAGCCCCUCGCAACACUAACCAGUUUCUGAUGCAUGAGAAGUACCAGCUCCUGCACAUGCGCUCUGACUCUGUUGGCACUGACAGCGGGUCGGACUGUGAGGUGGACUUCACAGACAUGGACUCCUACCUUGGCGUGCUCGAGAACGCCAGGGGGGCGCUGUUGGACAGCCCCGGUCUGUCCCUACCAUCAUCGGUGAAGUUUUGCCCGAGGCAGCGUCCGAAACGACAGGAACUCAAUUUCUUCAGCUUUGGUGACAUGAUUGAUCAGGAAGAGAGCAUGCAGUAUUUCCCAUCUGAAGACGACGUGUUGCAAAGUGAAGAUUUCAUGCAAAAGGACUUUAUUGAAUUCUGUAACACAAUUACUUAAGUACAAAGCGUGUAAAACACAAAAGGGUCCUCGUUGCAUUUUCUUUCUAUUUUGUACAAAGACCAAAAGGUAUUUAUUUUGUAACUGUAACCAAACUGUGGUAUGGGGGUGGAGUUAAAAGAGUUAUAAUGAUACAACGAUGCAAUUGUGUGUUCGACGAUAUUGUGUUGUAAGUUUGACGUGUUUCCAUUAAGCCUGUCUUCUUGGUGUUUUGAAUGGGGAGGGGUUGGGGGAGGAGGAGUGACUCCAAGCAGCCAGUUACUCUGAAUAUAAACUGAUUGACUGGUACUGUGUGUUGGUAUUUUUGUUCCACCCCCUUUUACCGAUAUGUUUGUUUUUUGUUGACGUUGUUACAACUAUUUCAACUUUAUUUUUGUUUUUGUUUUAAAAAAAUAAAUUAUUAAUUAUCAUUUUAGUUA